CAGGCAGUGAAGUUGGAUUUUAUGAAGAACGCGGCUCGUAGGUAUAAAGAUUUUGUAUAUGAUAUCAAGAUGGCAAAGGAUGAUCCGAAGAAGGGAAGGCCACCAUUUAUUCAUGAGCGUGAGUGGCUUGAUUGGUUGAGUUACUGGAGGAGUGAGGCUGUGGUUAAGAAAUCAGAAACGGCCAAAAAGUGCAGAAUGUCUGAGCCUGAAGGUCCAGGAACAGGACAAGUGAAGCAUAAAGGAGGCUCCAAAUCUACUCUCCAGAUUGCCGAUGAGAUUGGCGUUGAUCCCAGUCAGUGCUUCUAUGACGCUUAUGAGGUCCUCCACGUGAACAAAGAUGGAUCAUAUACUGACCCUAGAUCUGAGACAGUUGGGAGAAAAAUUGAAGAGCUAAGGGAACAACAAAGUCAGCCGGUGGAUGGAUCUACUGAGCCACAGGCGGUGGACAUGGCCAAAAUAUAUCUUGAGGCUGUAGGUGGAUUGGAUAAGAAGAAGAGGUUGUUUGGUGUUGGUAGUCUGGCAUCUACACUCAGGAGUGAUGGUUCGAGUGGAUCAUCUCAGGCUCGGUCCUUAGCUUAUGACGAUACAAUAGUUGGUCUCCAGAAUAAGUUGCAGAAGGAGCGAGAUGAGCGCCGACAAGAGAGUGAGAGCUUCAGGGCACACCUACUAGCACAACACGAGUACUUGACUCGCUUUUGUGCACAGUCGGGAUUGCCCCCCCCACCACCUCCGCCUCUUUGACUUUGAUGUGUAUUACUAUUUUGGAUAUGUAGUAUGUUAGACUUGGAUGUGUGUGAAAACUUAUUGGGAUUGUAGUAUGUGAAAACAUAUUAGGAUUGCAUUUGAAUGUUUGAAAACUUAUUAGGAUUGA